AUGAUAAGAUUUGCUCUAAAUAGUUUUCUACAUAAAGUCAGAAGCCCGUCAUAUUUGAAUAAUAGUAAGAAAAGAAUCAGUUUAUUAAGUAAUAAUGGGGUUAUCAAGAACCAGAAAAGGAGUAUUCUGUUUAAAAUGGGCAACGAAACACCGUCUAGAGUAGUGGGAUAUUACGUGAUCUUCCCACAUAUACCAGAGGAAACAGUAGAAAAUAACUCGUUCUUAUUUGGAAUAGCGAAAAACGAAGAUUGGCCUAGACUUAAUUCAUCCACACCGAAGGAAAUGUACGAAGGGACCGUUCGCUUAUUGAUGGAAUAUGGAGCAACUUGCAUGGAGCACAUCGAGCAUUUGCCAAAAUUGCCUGAAUCAGAGAAGUCAUUUGAGAAUGUUGUUGAUCCUUUACUUACUGAAGAGUGGGAAGUUAACUAUGCUUUCCAAACUUUAAUGUUGAAGAUGUUGACUGAUUGGCCAGAUUGCAAUCGUAAACUAUUUGAUGAAGAUUUACAUCAUAUCAAAAUAACUUGUGCUCGGGAUCAGAUGGAAAAGCUUAUGAGUCCAGAUUUUCAACAAGCUAUUCAGCAUCUUUAUGCUAGCAAAGAUGGUUUAAAUGAAUGGCAACUGCGUUUGUUAGAAUGGUACUUGCUCGAAAUAAAUGCAAGUGGUCUCGAUAAAACGGAUGAUAAAGUCAGAAAACUAAUGGGUUCUUGGGGUCGAUUCAUAGACGAAUAUCGUAGCAAAUACAUAUCGAAUGUAAUGGCCACAAACGAUCAGAAUGUAUGGGCUAUAAAUGAACGUCGUGCUUUGAAAGAUGCUCCUCCUCAUAUCCUCCAGAAGUUAUCUCUAGAUCCAACAAGUUGGGAAAAUGGACCUUGGAGAGGCAGAAUGACUCCUCACACUAUUUAUCCUUUCAUGCAGUAUUGUGGAGAUCGUGGAAUGAGAGCUGAAGCUUGGGAGAAAUGGAUCAGUAAAGCUUCGUUUGAGCAUGAUUUCUAUAAUAAUUCUAUUAAUAUUGAAGAAUUACGCCAUAAUAACGAAGGACUUGCGAAAACCUUGGGAUAUUCUUCCAUAGCAGAACAUAGACUAUCUAACAAAAUGGCAUCUUCUCCAGAUACCGUCCGAAACUUCUUGAAUGCCCUUGUUCGGCGUAUACGUCCUGUGUUCAUCGACAGAAUGGAAUCAUGGACUGCUUAUGCUCAAUCAAAGGAGAUGAUAACUUCUGAACUACAAGCUCACGAUUUAUUCUAUAUCUGUAGAAAGGAAGCGGAAGAUCAUUAUGAUAUUAAUCCAGUUGAAUUGAUGAAUCACUUCCCAUUUUGGGAUACUUUCAAUAAUCUCACAAAUCUAGUCGGUCAAAUUUUCGGGUUAGAGUUCAAAGACAUCAGCGACACUGGACUCGAAAAGGCCCAUCCUGAUGCUAAAAUCUUUGCGGUUAAAGAUUUGGCAGAUGGAAAGCACUUGGGUCGUUUGUACAUAGAUCCUUAUGAUAGAGAAAGCAAACGCGCCGGUUGGAAUACACUACUCGGAAGAACGGAAUCUACUGAACGUGGUCUGGACAAGUUAGUAUAUUUGAUUGGUUCUGCUAUUCCACCCAUGGAGAACAAACCUUCUCUUCUUCAUUACCAACAACUGCAACAACUUUUGUUCCAUUUCGGUAAAGCUGUACAAUUAUUCUUGUCGAAGGCACCUUAUAGAGACAUUGCUGUUCCUUGGGCUCCCUUCUAUGCCAGUGAUUGGGAUGCAGCUGAUAUGUUCCCAUCAUUCUUGAAUUUCUUCAUUUACAAGCCUAGUCUACUUCAAUCUUUGAGUUCUAACCAUAUUACAACGGGACAAGCCAUGUCGGAAGAUCUCGCCAAUCAUGCUUCACUAGCUUUCUGUCGUUCAACGUUAUGGGAGACAUAUAGAACCCUCUUCUGGGCCGAUUAUGAUUUGUCUUUGUACGAAAUGGAAAAUAGAAAGGACAAGUUCUGGCUUGACAUGUACCGUGAGAUGUCAAAAGAAUAUUUCCCCUUCAGAAUGAACAAGGUGGAUUACCAUCCAUGUUCCUUUGUUCCUAUCGCAGCUAUGCAGCCUCAUAUGAGUAUGUAUUACAGAAAACUCUGGACAGAAAUGCUUGCUCUUGAUAUUCAUGAAACCUUUGAUAGCGAAAACGAUGUAGUGAAAACUGGUAAUCGUUUGAAAACAAGAGUUCUAUACGCUGGAUCUGGAGAUGUAACAAAGAAUUUGUAUCGACGAUUCCAGGGAAGAGAUCCUAGUGUCGGAGCAAUUUGUGAUUUUUAUGACCCACCAGCAUUUUAUCAUUUAGAAGAAAAUAGUGAAGCUAGAAGUUAG